AUGCUGAUAUUAUGUAUUAUAGCAUCUGUGAUUGAUAUAGUAAUGAGUGAUAUAAUACCUGAUGUGAUAGUGAUAAUGGUAACGGUGAUGCUUGCAAUAGCUACAAAGGUAUAUAUUAUUGACAAUAGCAUAUGCAGUGGAAGAGAAAAGAAUGUAUUGAAAGAUGUAUUGAUGAUAGGAGGAGUGUUUGUAAUGACAAGAUUGAAAGUGAUUAUACCAUUUCUGAAUAAAACAGAGAGAUCUAGCGAUGUAAUGAAAUGUAUUGAUAAGAUGAAAGUAUGUGAAGUAGAAGUGAAGAAUGUGUUGUAUGUAAUGCUAGUGAUAAUGGCGGUGUGUAUAUUAGUAUAUACUAUAAUAUGGAUGAAUAUGUUGAUUAAGAAGAUUAAAUAUGAUAAGAUGAAUCGCAUGAUAAAUAAGAAAUGCAAAAUGAAGAAUGUGAAUGUGAUGGUUAAAGUAUAA